CAUUAACUCGACUGGUUAAAAUCAGAUCAUACGAAUAGGACUUAAAUUGAUCAAACCAUCAAAAUUUAGUACACUAAAAAUCAUCCUCAAAUCAAAGCCCAAAACCGUUUGGAAGAAACACCAUUUACAGUCGCAAAUUUGUCGCCCGCAGUAAACGAUCGAUCAAAGCUCACGCCUGAAGUUCCAUUUUGGAGCUGUAUUAAUUGCACAUCGCACUUCAGAUGGUGUGUGGCCGUUAAUCGGCGAUCUCCAGAUGUCUCUUUGCCUCGACGACGACGACCUGUCCUGAUCUCCGCAAGCCCGACGAUUAGUUCGGUAAUAAAUUUACAGAAAUUUCACUUAAAGCUUAAGACAUGGAGGAGCAAUUCAUACUCAGGGUUCCGCCUUCUGUGGCUGAGCGAAUCGACCGCCUGCUAAGCGAGAAUGCUUCAGAGGACAAAGACUUGGAUUUGUCAAUAUCAGAGGAUGGUAGGAGUGGCACAUUUGUCAUAGGAAAUGAACGCUUCCCUACAUCCCUCCUGGAUCUUCCAUGUAUAGUAGAAUCUUACAAGACUUAUGAUGAUAGUGUGCUAAUCAAAACGGCAGAUAUUGGUCAGAUGAUUCUGGUGAGGGAAGAAGGUGAUCCUGCCCCUGAUGGAGUGGAGUACAAACAUGGACUCACCCCUCCAAUGAGAGAUGCUCGGAGGCGAAGGUUUCGCAGGGAGCCAGAUCUAAAUCCGGAGCUUGUGAGGCGUGUGGAGAAAGAUUUGCAGAAUAUCAUGGCUGGUGGAACGGCAGAGAAUAUAGAUGUGGAAGUGGCUGAACAAGAGGAAGACGGUGAAGAAAAUGCACGCACUGCUAAUAAGAAAGCAGCAACCAAGCAUGCAGCAAAACUCAGUGUUCCUGAUGCUGGCCCUGCUGGUGAGAGAAGUGAUUCUGACGAAUCUGAUGAUUCAAUAUAGCUCGUCGGUUUUCAGAAGAACUGAAGCCUCGAUGGAGACAAAUGGUGUUGGUUGACCAACCAAAGUGGAACUUGGCUUGCUGCACACACCCCUAUUAUGCAUUGAAUUGUAGCUGUAUACAUAUAUUUCAUCGAGGAAUCAACAUAUUUAAUCUAUUUAGUUUUUCAUUUUCAUUUACCCUAGUGCCAAUGAAAAUGAAAAUGAAAAACGAAAUAGAUUAAAUAUGUUGAUUCCUCGAUGAAAUAUAUUUUACUAUUUAGUGUUUUGUUUAAAUUAAUAUGUUUGAAUUAGUAUUUUACUAUAUUUAGCAGAUUUUGAAUUGUUAGAAUUAGUAUUGGGUACAUAGUAAUAGUCAACUAAUAGACUAAAUUUAUGAAUUUAGGCAGUAGUAGUAAUUUCUCACAAGUAUUCACUUCUAAAUGGUUAAAUAUUUGAAUUUUUGUGUGUGUUGAUACGUACUUUGUAAUCUUUGAACUACUCCGUAUUAUUGUGCUCACAUAGAAUUACUAAUAACUUCUAUAGUUUGUGA